AGAGUGGUGUCUAAUUUUCCAUUGUUGAUUUGUACUGUGGUGUCCAGGAAGUGGAUCUGUGCUGCAGUGCACUGAUUCCCUUCUGCUCUGCAACCUCUCACUCCUCCCCCCUCAGAUUCGACCCUCCUGCUCUACAGAGUAACCCUUCUACGCUGCAACUCUUUACCGUACCCCUCUCCUGUAUUGCAAACCACCUGUGCAACAGUGAGAGCCCUCUUACCUGCACCCUGUCAUACAUUUUUUACUCUUGCAUUACUCUCCUUUUCAGUCAGUUGUAUCCCCUUCUUUGGAUUAUACCAUUUUAUCUCCAAAAUAACUGAUUGCUCGUAUUAUCUGCAAAUCCUUAGCAUCACUUCUCAUCAAUGGGGGAUACCUUCAUGUUUCCUGUGUUCUCUGUAAUGUUGCAGUGAUAUAUAUAUAUAUGAACCCACAUUAUAUCAUAAUUACCUUUUAAAACCUAACCCGCUCUGUAGAAUUGUUCAUAGUGGCUACUUGCUCUGCUCUCCACCUUCCUCUCACAACUUUGAUAUAUUAUUUUGAAGUCAUUGCAUUUAAAAUUAACUUGCUAUUCUGGCUUUCUUUUUAAUUAAUGUGAAGAGAUUUUGCUUGCUAAUUUCUAGCCAUUGAUUUUUUUUCUUGACAGGUUCGCUGCUGCUUCUGUGACAAGAACUAAAGAAGUGGAGUUUAGUCUCUGCUGCUCUUAAUUAGGGUUACCAUACACCAGCGUUUCCUUGGAGAGAGCCUCUUUUUUGAGCUUGCUUUCUCUGGGUGGGCAGAAUUUUCAAAUAACAGCAAAUGUCUAGGUUUUUGCAGGGCAGGCAAGCUGAAACUCAGAAAGAACCCCUAUUGGUCUGCUUCCCAGUUCACCUAUCCACUCAGCUAAUUGGUCCUUUCCUCUGCAACCUACAGCUGGAUCCCACUAACCAAAGCCCCUAUCCCCUCUCAAUCCUAGGAAAGGGGUUCCAGGACUGUCCCACAGGGAGGUACUGACUGAGUGUAGUCACUGUGUUUUGGGCUAAUAACAGCUUCCCUGCCAAUAUGAUGUUGCCCUCCCCUCUCCAGUGACUACCCCUUCUGCAGAUAUCCUCUUCCAGUCCCCAUCACCACUCUCACUCCUUGCAGUGUCCGUUUUUUGGGAACAUGAAAUAUGGUAACCCUACUCUUAUUCCCAUUCCUGGCGGUGUUUCGCAAACACGGUGUGGAUCAUGUCAGCUUGCUGUCUGCUCUGCUGAAAUGAUGUAGCAGAAAUGAUAGCCAAGGCCUACACCACUGGUAACCUCCCCAUCCAAAAAGAAAAUGUCAUCCAUGAUGAGACUGUGCCUGAAUCCACUGUACAGAGUGGCAGCUCUCUGAGAAAUGGCAACUUGCAAACUCCAAGCGGAAAAAGGAAGGUCCAGGAACAGUUUGCAUGCAGACGAAGAAAUUCUUCCAGAAGCAGAAAGUCAAGCCAGACACAGAAUGGAGAAGUGGUUGAAGCGGUUACAUUGUUUGAAGUGGUCAGCAUGGGCAAGAGGGCAAUUCAGUCUGUGGUAGAUGACUGGGUUGAAGCGUAUAUCCAAGAUCGAGAUGUGGCACUUCUGGAUCUGAUCAGCUUCUACAUUCAGUGCUCAGGCUGUCAAGGAAUGGUAACAGCGGAGAUGUUCCAAAGUUUGUGCAACAGUGAUGUAAUGCAAAAAAUGACAGAGACAUUUGAUGAGGAAACAGGAUUGCAAUACAAGAAAUUUAUGGCCUAUCCCUGGAUUCUGACUGUAACUUGGCCAGUGGAUAUGGACAAUGAAGAUUAUCCACUCAUCAAACCAGGAUCCUACUGGAAGAAAUUUAAGGCCAACUUCUGUGAGUUCACUGCGGUACUAAUACAGCAGUGCCAGAACAGCAUCCUCUAUGAUAGUUACCUGAUGGACACAGUCAUCUCACUGCUCACAGGGCUAGCAGACUCCAGGGUCAGAGCAUUCAGGCACACCAGCACUUUAGCAGCUCUGAAGCUUCUGACAGCACUUGUAAGAGUAAAUCUAAAUCUUGAUGUCAGCAAAUGUAAUGCUCAAAGGCUGUAUGAAGUGGAGAAGAACAGGAUUUCUGUCAAGAGGACCAAUCACAGACUGGACCAAUUGGAGAGAAAAAGGAAAGUGUAUGAACAGAAACCACUGGAAAUAGAAAAUAUGAUGAAUGCUAUUUUCAAAGGAACAUUCUUACAGAGAUAUCGUGAUGUGAUUCCUGAGAUACGGGCUAUCUGCAUUGAAGAAAUUGGCAGUUGGAUGAAAAUGUAUCCUGAUACAUUCUUAAAUGAUAGUUACUUGAAAUAUAUUGGAUGGAUGCUGUAUGAUAAGCAACCCGAAGUGCGGCUGAAGUGUCUUCUGGGACUGCAAGGAAUUUAUAACAGAAAAGAACUGGUAUCUAAAAUGGAUCUCUUUACUAGCAGAUUCAAGGAUCGAAUGGUGUCCAUGGCUCUAGAUAAGGACCACGAAGUAGCAGUUCAAGCCAUGAAACUCUUGAUGCUUAUAGCACAGAACUGCGAGGAUGCGUUAUCAUCUGAAGACUGUGAAACCUUAUUCCAGUUUGUUUAUACCAUGCACAGACCUUUGGCAGUAGCCGCCGGGGAAUUCCUUUAUAAAAGGCUGCUUAGUUAUCCGGGAACUGAAGAGGAAGUGCCAUCUAAAAGAAGAGGGAAGUUUGGGGCUAAUACCAGCUCCAUGAGGAAAUUAAUAAAGUUUUUCUUGGAGAGUGAGCUACAUAAACACAUCACGUACCUUGUAGACAGCCUGUGGGACUGGGCAGGCGGUUUGUUGAAGGACUGGGACUGCAUGACCACUCUUUUAUUGGAAGCUGCUGAAGGAGAAGCAUUGAGUGAUGCCCAGGAAAGUGCCCUCAUUGAAAUCAUCUUUGUGACUGUCCGAGAAGCUGCUGAAGGUCACCCUCCUGUGGGCAGAGGAGCUGCCAAGAAGAUCCUGUCAGCAAAAGAGAAGAAAAUACAAUUGGAAGAUUGUACCAAAAUUACUGAGCACUUUAUUGUGGUGCUUCCUCAGCUCUUGGCAAAGUAUUCAGCAGAUGCUGAAAAAGUGGCGACCCUCCUGCAGAUUCCCCAGUAUUAUGAUUUAGAUGUUUACAGUACUGGACGUCUGGAGAAGCACUUGGAUGUUUUGCUGCAAGUGGUGAAAGGUAUUGUAGCCGAACACUCUGAUGCGGAUGUCCUCGAGGCUUGCUCCAGGACAUACUAUAUCCUCUGCAAUGAAGAACUGGCCAUCCACAGGAGGGCAGAUCUUGCCAGAACUCAGCUGAUAGAUGACUUGGUGGAUAAAUUUAAUGAGCUGCUGGAUGAAUCUUGGCAUGAGGGAGAAGGUCUUUGCACAGACGAAGAAGGAAUUUGCCAAAUAUAUUCCACUUUGAGAAGAAUAACAGCUUUUCAUAAUGCUCACGAUCUCACCAGAUGGAAUCUCUAUGGGAAGAUUUCAAAGCUGCUGGUUUUUGAGAUGAAGCAUGGGAGUUUACCUGUUCAGAUGAUCCUACCAGCUCUACAGUGCACAUACUUUGCUCUCUUGUGGCAGCUAUCUUCAGUUGUUGAGAGGUCAUCUUCCAAGGAGGCCCUUUUCGCACUAAGCAGAGAGUUGAGAUUUUUCUGCCAGAUUUGUGCAUGCUACUUCAGCCAUGAAGAUAAAGAUUUAAGUGAAAAGGCCUUCAUGAUACUCUGUGAUUUGCUGAUGAUUUUGAGCCACCAAGCUUUGGAUGAUGAUGAAACUGUAGGAAUUAUUCAGUAUCUUCCCAGCACAUCCCUUCAGUCAAAAAUGCUCUUGUUCAUUCAGGAUCACGUUUUCACAGAGGAAGAAGAAGAAAUCAAAGACUUAACAGAAGAGGAGGAGAGGGAAAAGGAGGUCUACAAGCUGAAUGAUUUGCACAGGAGGCGGAGUCUACUUUCAGCCUAUUGCAAGCUAAUUGUGUUUGCUGUGGUGGAGAUGUCUGCAGCUGCUGAGAUCUAUAAGCACUAUAUGAAGACGUACAAUGAUUUUGGAGAUAUAAUUAAAGAAACUCUGAGCAGGAUGAGGCUUAACAACAAAAUCCAGAGCGCCAAGACAUUAGUUCUAUGCCUGCAGCAGCUGUUUCAGAAACAUACAGAAACCCAUGGUAGUACGAACAGCAUGGAUUCAUCUUUCACAAAUAUUAAAGAACUUGCUCGUCGCUUUUCACUGACAUUUGGCUGGGAUCAAGUGAAAUCCAGAGAAUCAGUAGCCAUGAUACACAAAGAAGGGAUUGAAUUUGCCUUCCAAGGAGCUGCUGGAGUAGAAGGGAAAUGCCUGCCACCAAACUUAAGCUUUCUGUUAAUCAUCAGUGAAUUCUCCAACAAGUUAUUAAAGCCUGACAAAAGAUUAGUGUAUGGGUACUUGCAGAGGUAUAUAACAGAGCCAGCAUCUUGCAGAGGCGAUGAAUGGCACCCCUUGAUUUGGUACAGAAACUCUUUGUUGGCAAAUGAAGAUGAGGUGAAUUCUAUCAUCAGCAGUUCAAGAGAAUCAUCCAUAGGCGGAUCUAAGACAUCAUUUAAAAGAAAAUUAUCCAACGGGUUCCUGCCUGAAACAACAAAUAAGACUCCAGGCUUCCAGUGCACUCCAGAAAUCUCUGCUGCAGCAGGGAAAAGGAGAAAGAGGUUGAAGUCUCACAAUACAAGCCUCCAGGAAUAUCCACCAUUCCAUUGUCCUGCCCAGUUGAAAAGAAGAUGUAGUAGCCAAGAUGUGAUCAAGACAGAAGACUUCUCAGUAGAUGGGGGACCAGAAGAUGUCGAUGUGGAUGUUGUUGGCGCAGACCUGGUAUGUGAUGGAGCAUAUCAACCGUGCAUUGGGCCAAUUGGUGCUGACCAGUCACUAGAGACCAGCCCCCCUCGUUCUUGUUGUGCACGCUCCAGUUGGAGGGGACAGAUAAAAGGAGGUAGCCCAGCUCAGUUAGUGCCAGCGAAGGAGGAAGAACAUGUGCUUCAGGCUCCUGCAGAGGAGCUGUUGACUCCUCAGGCCAUUGGGACUGUGAACGCAGACUACGCUGCAGGCGAUUAGCUCACCAUGGUGACUGAUGGGUGUUGAGCUGCUGCCAGCUGAGAAGAUGGUCAUUCUGGUAGGAAGUGCUCCAGGGAAUAUGUUAAGGGUUCAAGCCUGGGCUCCUAAUACAGAAUUUCCUGGCUUCAAACCCAGUGGAGUAGGGAGGGCUCAGGUUCCCCUACUUCCCCCCUCAGCCGCUUACCACUAGGCAUUGCUACUGGGGACUCCUGAUUUAGACUCAUGAUUCACUCUGUGCCCUGUCCAGAGGGUUAGGGCCCCCAACUGUUAUUCUUCGCUCUGGCUAGGAGGCCCAGAUGCUACAGACUGUUUGCUCUGUCCCAUCCCAAGGGCUCUGGACUGUUUUUUUGCUCUGCCCUGCCAGGGUCCUGAGCCCCUUGACUGUGAUUGUUUGACAAGAGGGAACCCCAACAAUUUAGAUCUACAGUGGAUCUAACAAAAGGGUAUUGGCAAAUUCUCCUGAGUCCAACUUCCUGGGAGAAGACAGCCUUUGUCACACCAUUCUACCUUUUUCAGUUUACCGCAGCCCCAUACAUAGCAUGGUUGUAGUGUUCCAAUGGCUUGGGGGACCAGCACUUUUGGCUACUUGAUCAAUGAACAGCAGCUUAUAUUGACCGUGCCAGUUGGGGAGCUAUCAUCCAUGACACCUCAGUGCCCUUGGGGAAGCCAGGCUAACUACAAAACCAUUGGAAUGCCACCUGGAACAGAAAGAGAUAAUGUACCUGAGAUACGUGGUGUAGAGUGUGGUCAGUUGCAGCCAAUAGGGGGUAAGGUUCAAUCCCUAAGCCUGCUCAAUCUUCUCAUCAGAGGCAAGUGAGGCAGUUUCUUGCUCGUUACCAUAGACACUUUGUGCUGGAGUUUGCCACCCUAGCAGCCCUCCUCACUGGCUUGACAAAAUUCCAAGCCUACGAGAGUACAAUGGUCUUGCCUGGAUUCAAAUUUCAUAGAUACAAAGUGGAAUCCCAUAGAUACUAAUACUCAGAAGAGCCAAGAUGAAUAGAAACAUCUUCCACCAUUAGGCUUUCUCUUCUGAAAGAUGUAAAUAAUGAGACCCCCUUUUCCUUUCAAAACAAAUUUCUUUUAUUUUAACAAUGAACUAUAAAUAUCUUUGUUUUCAAUAACAGAAAAACAAAAAGCUAUAGUAAACAGUAACUUUUGUUUAACGGUACU